UAAACCGUUUACAAGGCAAGCCACCGAAAAAAGAAAGUUGACAAGCGAAAUGCAAGAUUUCUGCAAUUAGUAUGGUAUUUCCAAGUCGUGGAAGAGCGAGAGGAGGGCCUCGGGCUCGUGGAAGAGGAGUCGGCGAAGUGGCAUUUGCUUCAAGGCCCGCACAUGGGGACAGUAGCGGAUAUGAAGACUCCGGUAGAGGGCAGAUGCCAGAAGAAUUGCGCAUUACGGUUGGAAAUGAUAAGUACAGAGGUGCUGAGGAUGUGACUGGAAGACUCAGCCCGUCUGUAAGCCAUCGCCUGGGACCCCCUGUUGACAGUAGAGAAGCUGAGAGGCAGCGGGAGCAUGAGCAAUAUAGAGCGGAGGCUAGCCUAUAUGGAGAAAGAGAUAAAUUCAGAGAUUAUGGUAGACAUGACUCUUAUGAACGUGAACCAUUUCCAAGGGACCCUUACAGUAGGCCAGAUGAAAGGGAGUAUGGUGAUAGGAGAGGACUUGGAGCUCCAACGGGCUACCCCUCUCCCAAACAGCAGCCACCAAAUAUGCCUUUGCGAACUGAGCAUAUUUUUCCUGCUGCUGCAAAUUCACCUGCCCCUUCAAGUGGUGGUGGGUCUUCAAGACCUCUAAAAUCAAUCUUGAAGAAGAAAGAACCUCCAACAUCUUCAACAUCAACCUCUUCAAAACAAUCAGGUUUACCCGGAAUGGCAAAUUAUAUUGAUGAUAUUGAAGAUGAGGAUAAAUUUCUUUAUGGGGAUGAUGACAAAAAAGACAGUGGGCCUCCUAGGCAAGAAAGGCCUAGUAUUCCUGUUGAAAGGCCAAGCAUGCGAUCAGCAGCUCAGUCUUGGCAGCCAUCAGCUACUCCAGUACAAAAAUCCUUGGCUAGUGCUGUUUCAAGCUUUGUUAGUGAUCAGAGACAGUAUGUGGAAAGUUCACUCCCAAGCCAGCAGCAUUAUCCUGAAGAAGACCCUUACAGGCAACCUGCUCAUGCUCAGUUAGAGCCACCAAGACCAGAUUCUGACAUCUGGAGUAUGCUAGCCAAGAGUGUGCAAAGUGUACAACAACAUCAACCACAACCACAGCACCAUCCACCAGUCAGUCAGCAAUAUACACAACAAUUCAGUGAGCCAGAGCCCCAAAACACCUUUCAGAGCUCUUAUGCCACCCUUCCUGCUGCAGCACAGCCGGUUCCAGAUGUUCAAGAUACACCACGCAAUGAUCCCACAAUUGAAAAUAUACUCAAAUCAAUUGGGUUUGAUUUUGCAAUGUCAAAAAGAAUGCAGGAAAAGGCAAAGCACACAGGUGGAGACACACUGUCUGCUGAGCAAAAGCCAGCAGAUCCUGAAUAUCAGAUCAAAGAAAAUGCUUCUUUCAUUGGUAGUGGGAUGUCACAUGAAGAAAUGAAAUCCCAGCUGGAGAAAGCUCAGCUUGAUAGGAGAGAUAAUCAAGACAGAAGGAACGAGAAAAAGGCUGAUGGCAAACUUCAAAGAGGUUGCUCCCCAGUAAGUGAUGAUGGUUCACCACCACCGAUGUUUAACCUUCCACCCAUUACCAUUAAAAGAAGAAUAAAUGUGGAGAGAAGAAGUCCUGAGUGGGAAAAGAGAGCAAGAAGGAGCAGAAGCAGAGACAGAAGUUUUGACAGAGACAAACAUGCAAGAAGUCGCAGUCCCAGUUGGAACAAAAACCAAGGCAGGAGAUCAAAAAGUCCUGCAUGCAGAAGAUCCAGAUCAUUGAGUCCUGUGAGGAAAAGGUCAAGAACUCCAGAAAGACGAUACAUAAGACGAUCCCCGAGUCCAGAACGGAGAAGAUCAACUAGUUCUCCACGCAAAAGGUCUCCUAGUCCUAGAAGGCAGAGGUCUCCAAGCCCAUCUGAAAGAAGAACAAGCCCGGUUAUAACAAGAACUUUUAAUCUUGAUGGGCUAAUGCCAAAAUUUAGGAGACGUUUCAGUAGAAGUCCUGACAGAAGAUCCAGAAGUAGGGAUAGAAGUAGCCCAAGAUUAAGGAGAAGAUCACCAAGCCCUGGACGAGGUAGAAAAAGAGGAUAUAGUAGAAGUCGUAGUAGAAGUAGGGAUAGGAAAGCAAGAAGAAGUUUAAGUCGUGAUAUAGGUCGCAAUCGAAUAAACUCAAGUCGUGGAAGAAGCCGCAGUAGAUCACCAGGAAGGCGAAGGGGCUUGCCUGGCUCUCCUGUUUCAUCAAGUUCUGACUCUGAUCCUGAUGGUCCAGCUAAUAAAGAAUACUUCUCUGAGCCUUUAAAACUUUUUUCAAGAAACCAAAAUAAACAUACAUAUGAUGUAUCUCCUUCAGUACAUGGACAAGUACCAUUCAGUGGUCCCCCACCAGAUUUUCAUGGUCCACCUCCAGGAAUGUUCAUACCACCAGGCUUUCCAGUGCCCCCUCCCGGCAUUCCUCCACCAGGAAUGCCCCCCUUUGUCAUGCCAGGGGUCCCACCUAUGUUUUCUGCAGUCCCUCCUAUGUCAGUUCCACCCCCAAUGAUGACAGGUCCUCCGCUGGAUAUGGUUCCUCCUGGAACCAUAGAAAUGCCUUUAGAAAUACCGAAAAGAGGAUCUGAAAUACGUGUAGUUGAGGAACACAUGAGAGGAUCCGAAAUAAGUUUAGUUGAUGAACGGGCAAGAAGAGAAUCACCCAGGAAAAGGUCACGCUCAAGCAGCAGAGAUAGGUCAAGAAGCAGAGACCGAAGAUCAAGGAGCACUGACAGAAGUAGAGGCAGAAAAAGAUCAAGGUCAAGAAGUGUGAAUAUUAGUCGAGAUAGAAAGAGGUCCAGGUCUUAUAGUAGAGAUAGAAGUAGGGAUCGAAGAAGUCGCAGUAGGGGGAGGAGAAGUAGAAGUAGGGAAAGGAAAAAGGCAAGAUCAAGUAGCAGGGACAGGUCAAGAGACAAAAAAUAUGAAAAGCAAAGUUCUAAAUCUAGUUCAAACAGAAUAAGCAAUAGAAUGGUCUUGCCAGCAAAAUCAGAAAUAAAACCCACACUAAAAGAAGAAGGAAUGGAAAUAAAAGUCAUAAGGAAAUCACCUGAAAGACAGAUUGUUGUAAGCAAGGCAAAAGAUGAGAAAGAUGACAAGCCAAAAGAUGGAAAAUAUGUCAAAGUAAAAGCAGAUCCUGAUAAAGAAAAGAAUAAAAUACUUAAAGAGAAAGAAACAAUAAAUAAUAAGAUAAGUGUUCUUGAAAAAGAAUACGAAAACUUAAAAAAGCUGGAAAUUGACCUAAAGCAAAAACAAGGUAAAAGUAGUAAAUCUGAUCCCAUCCUUGUUGAGAAUAAUAAAAUACUUGAUGAGAUUAAAAAAGAACUGGGCAAACUGAAAUCCAAAAGAAAUGAUCUGAUCUCGAAACACUCCAAAAUCCUGGACUCAAAGAGGGAUGUUAAAGUAUCACCAAAGACAACAGAUGGUGAUGGAAAGGGUUCAAAGAAAGAUGGGAAAUCAAAAGAAGAGUUUAAGGUAGAAAAGGGGAAGCUGAUGCGACACCAGUUUGUGGACAAUGGGAAACACUGGUGCAAGCCGUGUAAAUGUGUUAUGUCCAACCUACACGACUAUGUACAGCACAUUGCGGGUGUCACACACAAACAGACAGUGUCCCCAGACCUAAUGCCAUGGAAGGAUGGUUUCCAGCCCAACGAUGGCAUGAUUGUGAACAAGGCUGGCAUCCGUGUCUCCGUACCAGGUGUCGAGUUUCUGAUGCCAAUGGCCGCCUUCUUCUGCCAGAUCUGCAAGGUGAUGCUGGCUGACGUCUCCUACGCUGUGGACCACUUUAAAUGUGAAAGCCAUUUUCUCAGCUACAAGAAAUACUGCAAAGAUAAUCAGUUCUACGAGAAGAAAUACAAGGAAGAGAAGGAAGUGUUCCUGAAGGGUAUGACCGAGGUAGACAGGAAAUCCUUUCAAGAAGAGAAAAAGGUUAAAGCUGAAGAGUUUAAAAAGAAGAACAAAGCUGCCGACUCUAGGGUUCGUGAGAAUGAGAAGAAGUGGGAACAAUCUGUUGAUGACCUUGAAGAUACAAAGGAACCAAAAUCUAAUACUAAUGUUUCAAAGAGCCAAAUAAAACUGAGUUUGAAAGGUGAAGAUAGGGAGAGAAAAAUCUCCCAGAGUGACAGGAAGUCAGUUGAUGAAAAAAAAGAAAAGAAAACUGAUGAUAAGUUGGAUGAUAAAAAGACAGACAUUGACCACCAACCAGACAUUGAAAGUGUUUCCAAUGAAAGUAAAUCUGUAUUAAAAAGUGGUACCCCAAAGAAAAACCCUGUCCUUCCACCAUGGACACCUGUGGGCAAGAAACCAGAGGAAACAGUGAAACCUGAUGACAAAGCUGCAAGUCUUGAUUCUUUCCUUACAAACGCAUCAAAUGAUGCUAAGAUUCCAGUGUUUGGUAGUACAGAAAAAAAGAAACUUAGUGGUAAGGAUUUGUUGAAGGCCUACAGUGCUAGGAAACAGGAAGAGCAAGCUGCAAAAGAAAGGAGUAAGCAUGAGCAAAAAAUAAACGAAGAAAAACAGGAACUUGAAAAAAUGAAGGCACUAGCUGAUCAAAAAACAGCUGCUGAACUUGCACAAAAGGCAAAGGAAGUGAUAUUUCAAAAAAUGGUUGAAGCAGAAAUGAAGAAACUAGAAGAAGAAAAGAAAUUACUCCCUGUCAACAAUACAACAGAAGCACCUGUAGGAGAGAUCAAACCACCUCCACCACCAUCACAGAAUGUACCUCUACCUAUUGUGCAACUACCAAUCAGUGCAACAACUACAGAUGUUCCAAAUGUGAACCUUGCAGUAGCUCCUGCCAAGGCAAGGCCACUGUUCGCAGCACCGCCUCCGCCGCCACCACCAGAACCUGAAGAAGACAUUCCCCUUCCUCCUGGUACUGAAGUGAAUAUGCCUCUGCCACCCCGUGUACUAGAUGAUGAUAUCCCAUUGCCUCCAGGCACUAGUGACACCAUCCCGCUGCCACUAUCAGCUAACUCCUUGUCAGACAAUCCACCUUUGCCCCCUGCACCAGCAAUUAUGCCUGCCUCAGAUGAACCUUUGCCCCCUGGCACAGAAACUGCUGUGCCUGAGCUUGAAAGCACUGAAAUUGACACACUCCUGCCACCGGGAACUGAGCCUGUUACUUUGAUGUCUCCUAUGACAGUUAAGAUAAAAUCACUGGAAAAGAUAGUUGAAGAUGUUUCAAAGCGAGAGAUGCCUUCUCUUAUUGAUUUUAAAGAUACUGAAAUUUGUGAGGUUGAAAUGUUAGAUGCUGAUGAACCAGACACAGGCUACACUGUAGAAUUUAAUACUGAUAAAAACAAUGAAGUCAUCGCAUUUGAAAAUCAAGAAACAUUGGCUAAUGUGGUAGACUUUGAAAAACCUGCAUCCAUUGAUAAAGCGGAGAUAACUGUUGAACCAGACACAGCUAACACUGUAGAAACUGAUCCAGAUAAAGGAAAUAAAAUCAUUGCAUGUGAAAUUCAAGAAACUUUGGCUAAUGUGGUAGGCUUUGAAACCCCUGCAUCCAUUGAUAAAGCGGAGAUAACUGUUGAACCAGACACAGCUAACACUGUAGAAACUGAUCCAGAUAAAGGAAAUAAAAUCAUUUCAUGUGAAAUUCAAGAAACUUUGGCUAAAGUGGUAGGCUUUGAAACCCCUGCAUCCAUUGAUAAAGCGGAGAUAACUGUUGAACCAGACACAGCUAACACUGUAGAAACUGAUCCAGAUAAAGGAAAUAAAAUCAUUGCAUGUGAAGUUCAAGAAACAUUGGCUAAUGUUGUAGAUUUUGAAACAUCUGGAUCCGUUGAUAAAGCGGAGAUACUUGUAGUGGAACAAUCACAAACAGCAACAACAGAAAGUAUUGAAAUAAAUGGCUCUUCAGAAAUUAAAAUUGACGAGUCAGUAACUGAUAUAAUACUCCAAAACAUUGAAGAUGCAGUAACUGAUAAGCUUCCAGAACCAGAUGCUGAGAUAGAAAUAUCCAAGAAGGAAUCAAGUCCUGAUACAGAAGAACCAAUGGAAGUGGGCCACGUAGAGGAGGGGGAAGAGACCGAAAUAAAAACCCCAACAAGGCGUGGGAGAGGUCGUGGACGCGGUAGGGGUCGGGGAAGAGGAAGAGGGGCCAAGACGAAGACCUCAGCUGCUAGGUCAACUCGGGCUAGUAGGACCAUGGUAGCUGAAGAGACAGCUGAAGCUGCGCAAACUGAAGAAACAAAAGUUGAAGCUGAUAAGAACGAUGAAGUUGUGAAUGAAACUGAUAGUAAUGUAUCUGAUUAUAAAACUGUUGACAAUGUUGUUGACAAUAAACCUUCAGAUAAACAGUCUGGUGUUAACCUUGAUGCCAGCACAGGUGGAAAACCAGUUAAGUCUGGCGCUUCUCCUAGGAAGUCGAGUCCUAGAGUGCGUAAGGUAUCGACCAAGGCUGAUACCGCAGCUGAUUCCGAUGUGGACGAUGCGGCGAGUGAUGCUAGCGGCUCGAGCAUGCACAUGGACAGUGAUUUUGAGGUCGUUGAUGACAUCGAUGACGAAACGGGAAACGACACAGCUUAAGUAUGUGUACAAGCAGAUUAUCUAGACUAGCAUAAGAGACUGCUGAAGUAUGUGUGCAAGCAGAUUAACUAGACUAGCAUAAAAGACACGUGUUUGUAUCAUACUUUCAAGAAUGUGGAAGAAGCCUGAAUACAUUUUUUUUUUAUUUUAGACUAUGUUUACUUUGUGAUUUGUAUAUUUCCCUUACGGUCGUAGUUGUGUCUACGGAUAUGGUUCAGAGAAGAUGCGUACUACACCAAAGAGUUUAUAAAGGUUGUACUAAGCCUGACCGUAGCAGCCAUGUUCUUCAAGACUGCAGAUUUUCACAAGGGAAUGAGAAUCACUGAUGUAACCAAGACGAAGGACUUGCGGUAGCUGUUAUAUCCAAGUUGAUUCCGGAAAAGAUAUCCGAGGCAGAAUUGCAUGUGUGUGCAUUCGCUGUAACACUUUUUGACCUUACAUAAACACAAAAUCGUGUGCUAAAUUGUUGUUAAUUUGUUUUUAAAUCGCUGUGCAUAUGAAUUUUAGAAAUAAAUCCACUGUGUAACUUUGUGUGUAAAGUGUAUGUGUGCGUGUGUGUGGAUCGUUAGACAAGGUUUCGCGACUCAAGUGACCAUGACCCCGCCCAAUUACCAGUGAUGGGAUUCCAGGAAGAGGUCGGUGUGACGGCUUGCAGUAUUCGGCCGAAUAAAAAGCUCCAGUGAUUAUCUGUUUAAUUUGCAACUUACUCAGUCGUGCAUUUACGCUUUUUGUAUGACAGAAAUUAAAUGAUAAAUAUGAAAUUAUCGAAAUGCUUGAACGUUUGAUUUUCAGAAUGGAAUGAUCGUCCUUGUAUUUUACAGACACGUGUUAUCUGCAUCCCGCUAGAGUGGAAUUGUUAAUAAUAUGUUUCUAUUGUGUCAUAUGUUGUCUUGUAAUAAAAAUCGUAUACAU